UUUAUCAGUAUUUGACUUGAUUCCGAUCAGAGUUCACUCAAAUUUAUUCCAUUGCAAAUUGCUGAACAGUUUAUUAACAAAGGAUCAUACGCUACAUAUUUUUUUACCUAUAAUAGUGGAUUUCAAACAUAAAUAAAUUAUUUCAAAUAAAAAUUAGAAAAAAUAUAAUUAGAAAUGGCGAAAAGUAAAGUAUAUGUUGUUGGUGUUGGUAUGACAAAGUUUGAAAAACCGGGUCGGCGUGCGGAUGUAUGUUACCCAGAUAUGGCAAAGGAAGCAAUUACUAAAGCUCUACAGGAUGCAAAACUUAGCUUUCCAGAGAUACAGCAAGCGGUCGCCGGGUAUGUCUAUGGAGAUUCCACCUGUGGACAACGUGCAAUAUAUGGUGUCGGUAUGACGGGCAUUCCAGUCUAUAAUGUCAACAAUAACUGUUCCACUGGCUCCAGUGCACUUUAUUUGGCUAAGCAAAUUAUUGAGUCGGGUAACACUGAUUGUGUACUGGCUGUGGGUUUCGAAAAGAUGGAGCGUGGGUCACUAUCCGCUAAAUACUUUGAUCGCGUUAACCCCAUGGAGCGACACAUUACUGAAAUGUCAGAACUUACUGAAAUUGGCAGUGGCCCAAUGGCAGCCCAAAUUUUUGCUAAUGCUGGAAAAGAGCAUAUGCGCAAGUAUGGCACAAAACCGGAGCACUUCGGUAAAAUCGCUUGGAAGAAUCACAAGCAUUCGGUGAAUAACCCUUAUUCUCAGUUCCGAGAUGAAUACACGCUGGAGCAGAUUAUGCGUUCGCCGGAGGUGGUAGAGGGAAUACUUACAAAACUUCAAUGUUGUCCCACAUCAGACGGUUCGGGCGCUGCAAUUUUAGCGUCUGAACAAUUCGUACGCCGGCAUGGCUUAGAAUCACAAGCUGUGGAAAUCGUAGGCAUGGAAAUGGCUACCGACCCCGAAUCUACUUUUGCUGACAAAAGUCUCAUAAAAAUCGCCGGUUACGAUAUGACACGUUUAGCAGCUCAACGUCUUUUUGCUAAAUCGAACUACAAACCCCAGGAUGUAAAUGUGGUUGAAUUGCAUGAUUGCUUCUCAGCAAAUGAGCUGAUCACAUACGAAGCCUUAGGUUUGUGUGAGGAAGGCAAAGCUGGUGAAUUAAUUGAUCGCGGUGACAACACUUACGGGGGCAAAUACGUCGUUAAUCCCAGUGGAGGAUUGAUUUCCAAGGGACAUCCUUUGGGCGCCACCGGUUUGGCACAGUGUGCGGAGCUAUGUUGGCAGCUGCGUGGUUUGGCUGACAAACGACAGGUAGCUGGUUGCAAGCUGGCAUUGCAACACAAUUUAGGUCUUGGCGGCGCAGUGGUUAUAGCUUUGUAUCGCCUUGGCUUUCCAGCAGCAGCCGCGGGAAACGUUAGUAACAAUUUAACCGCAGCAAAUACUGCUGCCAAUGGUGAGGGGUUUCAAGUAACGCCAUUGCUUAAACUACUAGAAAUUGCCAUGCAAGAAGACAAGGACAAUCUUAUUGAAAAAGUGCGUGCUGUAUAUGGUUUUAAAGUCACAAACGGUCCAAAUGGCCAGAUUGGCUUUUGGGUCAUUAAUGCUAAAGAGGGCAAAGGCAAAAUUAUCUUUAAUGGCACUGAUAAAUGUGACGUUACAUUCACCAUCAACGAUGCUGAUGUUACCGAAUUGCUCACAGGCAAACUGCCGCCGCAGAAAGCGUUUUUCCAAGGCAAGAUUAAGAUUCAAGGCAAUAUGGGCAUGGCAAUGAAACUUUUGGAACUACAAAAAUCAGCACAAUCUCGCAUCGAUACAUUGCGAGCAAAGUUGUAAGAGAUCGGCUUUGGCUUGUUCGAUUCAAACAUCAACAUUUUUUAUUU